AUGUUCCCCUUAUCCACAUGGAAACUGAGCAUUCUGUUUCUGCUUGCCUCGGGCUUCUCUCUUGCACAUGGCUUUACGUGCCAUCCCAGCUUUACUAUGCUGACGUCGGGCAUUUGUGUUCUGAAAGCAACCAGGUUUAAUGAUAUAUGCUCAGCUGCAGCAUAUUGUGUCUCUCUAUCCACUACUCUCAAAGUGCCAGUCUCUUUGAUAGGCAGCGAUCAUGAAAAAGUUUAUGAAAAUAUGAAAUUUUCUGGGUUAUUUUGGGUUGGAAUUCAUGACCUCCUCAUCCCACAAAAUAACAUAGAAAUCGGCUGGCAAUUCGUCGAUUCUGUAAAACAUAAUCGUAUGGAGCCAAAUAAGCCAAUUUCAUGGAAUCAAAGCCAACCGAGUGAUUAUGCUAUUGGCGAGCAAUGUACAUUGUCAUUACGAGGGAGGUUAUAUGAUUACAAAUGUACACUGAAGAGAAGAAAUGAAGUAUAUACGGCCAUUUGCCAGCAAUAUGCAGGCACGGAGACAGUAGAUAAAAACAUUUACGAUUCGGCAGAUCCGACCACAACCCGAUUUGUACGUAACCUCCCCGAAGAAGUGGUUGAUAUUUUUGGUCCCUUUGCGAAUGGUUGUUUUGAGGAAAUUGAAAAUUCCGAGGGUUCCCUUAUUUCAUGUGCUGCCAGGUAA